ACCGACGCCCGACGCCCUCGCACGACACCGGCACCUCCUUCCACAAUGGCCCCGAAAAAGUCCAAGUCUACCAAAUCCACAGAGUCCAUCUCCGCCAAGCUCGCCCUCGUCGUCAAGUCGGGCAAGUACAGCUUGGGCUACAAGUCCGCCCUCAAGCAGAUGCGCAGCGGCAAGGCUAAACUCGUCCUGAUCGCCGGAAACUGCCCGCCCCUGCGCAAGUCCGAGCUCGAGUACUACGCCAUGCUCUCAAAGACAACCGUCCACCACUUCUCCGGCACCAACGUCGCCCUGGGUACUGCUGCUGGCAAGCUCUUCCGUGUCGGGCAACACAUAGAUAAACGACACUGCACGCGCGUAUCAAAGAACAAGGCUGGAUCGUACGAAUGUCGCAUGCCUAGAUGCACCGCCCGCAGCCAUUCAUCUCCCCGCGAUCUCCUGCGACAUAUAGACUCGAAUCACGCCAGCCGGUAUCCUCUACCGUGUCCUAUCCGAGGCUGCGACGAGACGUUCGUCCGCCCGAACUACAUCCCCGUGCACUUCUCGAACCACCACGCCGACCUCAACAACAUCACCAUAUCCCUCUCCUCCCCCCUCCUCAAGCCCACCUACCACCCGCUCCGCCCGUCCGCGCUCAAACCGCCCCCGCCGCUCCCCGCGCUCGCCAUCGAGCCGCACCGCCUCCUCCUGCCCACCGUCGUCCCCGCGCCGCUCAAGGCCGACAAGCCCCCCAGCAAAGUCACGCCGCUCGGGCGCAAGUGGAGCAAGCUCUCCGCGCAGGACGACGCCGACCCGAGUCCAGGCAAAGCGAAGGGCAAGGAGAAAGCGAGGCACGACGAGGACGAGCCGGAGUGCGUCCCGCUCGACGACCUCCCGCGGUGCCCCGUCCCCGCGGAGGACGAGGACCCGGACUACGUCGCGCGCGAGUACGUGCUGAAGCGCAAGCCGCCGGAAGCCUGGGUGGGCGCGGCGCUGUCGAUGCCCCCCGCGCUGACGGGCCCCGCGGAGAGCCCCGCGGACCCGCCGACGAGUAUCGGGUUCGACGCGUUCCAGGCGCGGUACCUCGAGCUCGAGAAGGUGGGGCUGAUACAGGGGGAUGGGGUGUGGCCCGAACGGACUACGACUAGUACUGCUGCUGCUGCUGCUGCUGCUAGGCGUGUUACAGGCACGCAGGGGAAGCCGUCGGAGGCAUAG